AGCUGGAUAGAACAAAAUUUUAGUUUGAUAAGAUAUUCAAAUCAAUAGAUUUCUCUUCAAUUCCAGAAAAAAUUUUAAUAUCACUUAUUAAAAGCGAUAAUCUUCAAAUGGACGAAAUUAAAGUAUGGGAGAAUGUUCUUAAAUGGGGACUUGCACAAAAUCUUGAGCUUUCUUCAGAUCCUUCUAAUUAUUCAAAAGAAGAUUUUAAUUCUUUAAAAAAUACCUUACAACAAUGCAUUCCUUUUGUACGAUUCCAUAAUUUAACUUCUAAAGAAUUUUCGAACAAGAUUCUACCUUAUAAGGAAGUUUUACCAGAGGAAUUAUUUGUUGAUUUAUUAAAAAGCUUUUUAGAUUUGCAUCCUGAUAGUAAGAUCAAUCAUAAAUCAAAGCCCCGUAUACCUAAAGAAUUGUUACCGACUUCUGCUGCGACUAUUGAUGACGAAAGAAAGCCUAUAUCACGACAUAAUGAAACUUCUAGUUUAUGGAAUCAUGCACCUCCUAAGAGUUCACGGGAUAAUGCACUUCCUAAGGGUCCACGUGAGGCGCUAAUUUCAAGCAAGAAUAAAGCCAAUUAUGCACCUCCCAAGGGUUCAUGGAGUAAUAAACCGGGUAAUGAGCCUACUAGUUCAUGGAAUAAUAUACCUCCUAAGAAGAUACUAAUCUUAAGCAAGCAGAAUAAAGCCAAUUAUGCACAUACCAAGGGAUCAUGGAGUAAUAAACCACCUAUUAGUUCAUGGGAUAAUGAACCUACUACGGAAUGGGAUAAUGAACCUACUACGGAAUGGGAUAAUGAACCUUCUACGGAAUGGGAUAAUGAACCUCCUAGUUCAUGGAAUAAUAUAUCAUGGGAGACACUAAUCUCAAGCAAGCGGAAUAAAGCCAAUUAUGCACCUCCCAAGGGUUCAUGGAGUAAUAAACCGGGUAAUGAACCUAUUAGUUCAUGGGAUAAGGAACCUACUAUUUCAUGGGAUAAGGAACCUUCCACUUCAUGGGAUAAGGAACCUUCUACUUCAUGGGAUAAGGAACCUUCUACUUCAUGGGAUAAGGAACCUUCUACUUCAUGGGAUAAGGAACCUUCUACUUCAUGGGACAAGGAACCUACUAGUUCAUGGGAUAAUGAACCUACUCGAUCAUGGGGUAAUGAACCUACUAGUUCGUGGGGCCUAUGGGGUAAUGCACCUACGAGUCCGUGGGCAGUUUCGAAGCGCAAUAAGAAAUAUAAAAUAAAAGCAAUUCCUAAGAAAUAAUGAAGAAAUUAGAGUAAUUAUUUGAAUUAUUUUACUACUUUAAUUAUAGCAGUUUGAGUUUCAAGUAUAUUGUUUUGAACCUAACUAAAAUAAAUAAUUGUAUCAAUUCACCAAUUACUAUUUAUUCAAACAAUAAAAAUAUAAAUUAAAC